AUAUUUCGUUGUUAUUAUUGUUUGCUGUAAUUGUUUUGUCGUCCAUUCAUUGGUCACAACAGCAGUCGGUGUGCGAAAUAUUGGCACCAAAUGGUCGGUUUGAAGGCAUCCGAGUCUAUCACGAAUGGGAUGUCGUCUAUAGUUUUGCCCAAAACUAUACCGAAGUCUAUAAAAUGUACAACAAUUUCGGACAACAAUUUCAAUUUGAUGUGUCGUUUCCCAACACUGAGCCGGCAGUCAAUAGUGACAGUACUGAUGAACCACUGGUGAUAGUAUCUGACAACAGUGUGGUUACAAACUUUAGUACAGAUAUUGUGGCCAAAUUGGCCAUCAAGACUAUAGUAACCGAAAGUAGCGAUGAUAUUGAAAUAUAUCCUCAGUAUAUAAAUUAUCGUUGUAUAUCAUGUAAUGCCUUUAACGGAUCAAUUACCAAUGGAUUAGCUGUCGAUAAAACAGUUGUUAAAUGUCUGGAAAGGAUGAUUGGAUCGGAUAUAACAACCAAAACUGAAUACAAUUUGCAAUACAAACUCAACGAUUCAAUUGUAUUCAGUCCCGUAGCCAAUAGUUUAGGGCCGUAUGUAAUAGCUAUGGAUAGACAACGCAAAGGUGUCGGAAAAUUCAUAUAUUUGUUGGCAAAUGAAACGCUAGAUUCCGAUAAAUGCAAAGAACAAAAUUACUGUUGGUAUCCAAACUUUAUCGACGAUUUACCGGACGAUCUCUGGCCACUUGUCGACGGUAUUGUCGACUAUGGCUAUCUCGUCUACAAUAAGCUAAACAGCAACAGAUCCGGUCAUAUAUUGUUUUUUAAUAUCGACGGAAAACCAUACUAUUGUUCGACACCAUUGAACCAAACGCUGUCACCGAAAUGCAAAUCCAAAGACAGUCUCAAACCGUAUGCCAUUAACUGUCAAAACAUUUGGACCCAAACAACAACACAAACCCAUUCAACCCUAAGCCCGACAACUGACUCGACCAACAAAAACGAUUUUAUUCCUUACAUUAUGGCAGCGAUUGUCAUAAUUAUUGUCGUCCUCAUAGUUAUCGUUAUUUGUCUAAUAAUUUGUUACUUAAAAAAACCAACUGAAGACAAAAAUACAUUAAAACCUGAGAGCAAUGGGAACUCCAUGGCGAGCAUCCGAUCUCUGGACAGACAUCAAUCAAAACAACCGGAGAUCGAGAGGUCAAAGUUGGCCUAAAUAUU